ACAGCAGACACAGAAGUUUGCUGUAAAGUCAUCCUUCCACAAUGAGUCUCACUGCCAAAGACAAAGCUGCCGUCAAAGCCCUGUGGGCCAAGAUCGCUGGAAAGGCUGACGACAUCGGAAACGAUGCUCUCUCCAGGAUGUUGAUUGUCUACCCUCAGACCAAGACCUAUUUCUCUCACUGGAAAGACUUGAGCCCAGGAUCUGCCCCAGUGAGGAAACACGGCAAGACUGUGAUGGGAGGCGUUGCUGAGGCUGUCAGCAAAAUCGAUGACCUUAACGCCGGACUCCUGAACCUCAGCGAGCUUCAUGCUUUCCAGCUGCGUGUGGACCCCGCUAAUUUCAAGAUUCUGUCCCACAACAUCCUCGUGGUUCUGGCCACUCUGUUCCCCGCCGACUUCACUCCUGAGGCUCAUGUUGCAAUGGACAAAUUCCUCUCAGCUCUGGCUCUAGCCAUGUCUGAGAAGUACAGAUAAAAACACUUCACUGUGCUCCUGUCGAACCGCGUCAAACCAGACGAACAUUCCGUCUUAUUGUGAUGCAAUAAAUGAUUAUUAAAAAAACA